AUGCGCAUCCUACUGACCAAGCUGCCCAGACCCUGGAUUGUGGAUGAGAAGAAAGAUGAUGGCUACACGGCUCUCCAUCUGGCCUCCCUCAACAACCACGUGGAGGUGGCCGAGCUACUAGUCCAUCAGGUACAGCACUGGAAACAGGGUGGGAUUCAAUAAAAGCUGGGGGGGGGGGGGGCUUAAAAGGGUCAUAAAUGAAAUAAAAAAAACAAAANCAGCAUGAUUUUAUCAGCUGUAAUCUUAGUGCCCAUUUAGCAAAAUAAUGUGAGCUUGUAAUCUUAGUGUCCAUUUAAAAAAAGGACGUUUAUACUUAUUUUUUUAAUAAAUGUUUAUAACUGAUAAUUCAUAUGUUAACCAAUUAACUGAGCGAGCUUCAAGGAUACUAAACGAAUUCGAUAUUUAAAAGAAAAAAAUGUGUAAAGAAAAUAUCAUAGUAAAAGUAUUGAAAGAACACUGUAACUAUUGGAUUGGGGGGGGGGGGCUGCAGUCUCAUAAGUAACAUGCUUGUAAUCGCAUAUGGUUCUGUGAUCAUAAUUUAAGGACCAGAUCACGGUGACCCUAGAGCCUGCGAUACAUUUUUGUUGUUGCCCCCCCCCCCCUUUACCAAUUUCUUUUAAGCAUUAUCUUUCUUUCGUUGUGUUUAAUUUCAUAAAAAACCACGAAUCACUUUUGGACCUCCUACAAAACCUACAAAACUCCUUUCUAGUGCCGGGUAUUUCCUGUCAAAAUAAGAACCAAUCAGUAGAUUUGAAUUGUACACAGAAGGAAGGAAACAGUGUUAAAUGUCAACAGAUUACAAUUUUUUUUUAAAGUCUGAAAAGAAGAAAAGAAGAAGAAAAGAUCAUGAUGAUUAUUUAAUGGACUUGAGCACACCGACCCAAUUCCUUUCAGACAUUCGGGGUCCAAUGAUUCCAUGUUUGGGAAACUCUGGUCCAGUAAAGUUCUUAGUCUUCAGCGACUCUCUGGACUCUCACAUUUUUACAAACACUUAUGUGUUAACAAGUGUUGAUCUUGUAUCAAGUCCCCCAGGCUUAAACGAUUGUUAUUUGACGAACAAAAAUGAAAUUUAAGAAUAAUUUUGCUCUCGAAAAAUUCACCAGCAUGGUGGGAAAGAGACGUAACAUCAUAUUUCCAUAUUCUCAACCCCUACUUACAGUAAAAUUUUUCCAUAUUCUCACCCCCUACUCACAGUAACAUAUUUCCAUAUUCUGACCCCCCCCCCCCCCCUCCUCCNCCCCCCCCCCCCCUUUUACAGAAACAUUUCUAUAUUCUGACCCCCUAUUUACAGCAAAAUUUCCAUUUUCUGUCCCCCUACUCACAGUACCAUAUUUCCAUAGUCUGACCCCCUAUUUGUAGUAAUAUUUCCAUAUUCCGACCCCCUACUUACAAUAACAUAUUUCCUUAUUUAACCCCCUACUUACAGUAGCAUAUUUCCAUAUUCUUACCCCAUAUUUACAGUAGCAUAUUUCCAUAUUCUUACCCCUUACUUACAGUAGCAUAAUUCCUUAUUAUUACCCCUAUUUACAGUAGCAUACUUCCAUAUUCUGACCCCCUACUUACGUCUUCUUUCCAUCACGCUGGUGAUCUAGCAUGGGUCAAAGUCCAGCCAAGACCCAUCCAAUCCAUCUCAACCACCUAGUCACCCACCUGCCAAGUCAGUAAGUACUUCCAUCUUCUCACCCUCAUGUAGACAGCAAAAAAGAAAAGAUAAUAGUAGAUGUCUCCUCAGCACAGUAGACCAAACUCCAUUAGUGAACACCCAAAGACCUACGAUAAUGGGGGAUUCCCUAGGAAUUGUUUAUUGCCUGGUUGUUCAAAGAAAUACAUUAAAAAUUUUUUUGGUUGUGGAAGUGGGCCCCAGGGUAGCCAUCAUUAGCAAGACACACACACAACCAUAUGUCUUGCCUGGCAACCACAAAGACGAGGGAGAAACAAAGAGAUAGAUGAGCGUGAAAUGAACUUAAUGUUGUCCUUGGGGUGUAGAUGGCUAAGUUAGCUGGGACAUGGAUGGCGUUAGAUGGCACAAGAUGGUUGAGACACAAGAUACAUGGAUGGCACAAGACAGCCUAGACGUGGGAGACAUAAGAUAGCACAAGACAGCUAAGACAUAAAAGACAUUAGAUGGCACAGGAUGGCUGAGACAAAUGAGACAUAGAUAGCACAACAUGGCUGAGACAUAAGAGACAUAGAUGGCACAAGAUGGCUGAGACAUAAAAGACAGAGAUAGCGCAACAUGGCUAAGACAUAAGAGACAUAGAUAGCACAAGAUGCCUGAGACAUAAAAGAUAUAGAUAGCACAACAUGUCUGAGACACAUAGACAUGGAUAGCACAACAUGGCUGAGACAUAAAAGACAUAGAUAGCACAAGAUGGCUGAGACACAUGAGAAAUAGAUAGCACAAACUGGCUGAGACACAUGAGACAUAGAUAGCACAACAUGGCUGAGACACAUGAGACAUAUAUAUCAGAACAUGGCUGAGACACAUGAGACAUAGAUAGCACAAGAUGGCUGAGACAUAAGAGACAUAGAUAGCACAACAUGGGUGAGACACAUGAGACAUAGAUAGCACACCAUGGCUGAGACAUAUGAGACAUAGAUAGCACAAGAUGGCUUAGACAUAAAAGACAUAGAUAGCACAAGAUGGCUGAGACACAUGAGACAUAGACAGCACAACAUGGCUGAGACAUAUGAGACAUAGAUAGCUCAACAUGGCUGAGAUAUAAAAGACAUAGAUAGCACAAGAUGGCUGAGACAUAAAAGCCAUAGAUAGCACAACAUGGCUGAGACAUAUGAGACAUAGAUAGCACAAGAUGGCUGAGACAUAAAAGACUUAGAUAGCACAAGAUGGCUGAGACACAUGAGACAUAGAUAGCACAACAUGGCUGAGGCAUAUGAGACAUAGAUAGCACAAGAUGGCUGAGACAUAAAAGACUUAGAUAGCACAAGAUGGCUGAGACACAUGAGACAUAGAUAGCACAACAUGGCUGAGGCGAUAUGAGACAUAGAUAGCACAAGAUGGCUGAGACAUAAAAGACAUAGAUAGCACAAGAUGGCUGAGACAUAAAAGACAUAGAUAACACAACAUGGCUGAGAUAUAUGAGACAUAGCACAAGCAGGUAGUGACAUGUGCGAUAUUAGAACUGCUCUCAUUAUUUCCUUGUGUAGUCCCAUGUGAGUGAAAUUGAGAUUUCUGCACAAUGAUGAACAAUACCCAACCACUGCUUUAAUAGAUUUGAAACACCUCUCAAUUCUAAUGUACUCACAUUUAAAAACCCAAAUCUACAUUUGAACAGCUGUUCCAAAAGUAACUCAUUGAAAAGACAGAUGAUUGACCUCAGUCUCCCUCACUGCAGAAUGAACUGUCUUUGUGGCUGCUGCUGUCUCUGCCAUAACAUAUGUACCUGUCAAUGCUGGGAGUGUGGGAAUGAGUUUUGUGGCUGCUGCUGUCUCUGUCAUAACAUAUGUACCUGUCAAUGCUGGGAGGGUGGGAAUGAGUUUUGUGGCUGCUGCUGUCUCUGCCAUAACAUAUGUACCUGUCAAUGCUGGGAGUGUGGGAAUGAGUUUUGUGGCUGCUGCUGUCUCUGCCAUAACAUAUGUACCUGUCAAUGCUGGGAGGGUGGGAAUGAGUUUAAAGUCUUGUUUUCUUAUCCUUGCAGGGGAAGGCCAACAUGGACAUCCAGAAUGUCAACCUGCAGACACCUCUGCACCUGGCUGUAGAGAGACAACACACACAGAUAGUCCGAGUGAGCAUGGGUCAAUGCUACUUUUAUCCGGAUAAGGCUCAUUUGCAUCACCGUUGAAACUUUUAUAGGACAGGAUAAGCCUCAUUAGCAUCACCCUUGAUACAUUUAUGGGAUCGGAUAAGCCUCAUUAGCAUCACCCUUGAUACAUUCAUGGGACUGGAUGAGUUUCAUUAGCAUCACCGUUGAUACAUUUAUGGGAUCGGAUACGCCUCAUUAGCAUCACCCUUGAUACAUUUAUGGGACUGGAUAAGCCUCAUUAGCAUCACCCUUGAUACAUUUAUGGGACUGGAUAAGCCUCAUUAGCAUCACCGUUGAUACAUUUAUGGGACCGUUUCCAUUUAGAAAUGAAGCUGAGUUUAACCUUUAUAGCUGGCCAUAAACUGGAAUCUGAACUAACAUGGGCUGAUUGUAUCCAUGCUAGUAGUAGUGUGGCUGAUAGGGGCCAGUGGGGGUCCUAUGGCUGACUCUUUAGGCAUCCAGUUAUAGACAUUGUCUUCAAUAAUGGCACCAUCCUGUAAGUUACUGUAAGGUAUAUAUUUCUCCCAAUCAUGACACCAUCAUUUAGUGUUUAGAAAUCUUCUAAAUGGGGUGGCACCAUCUUGUAAUGUAUGGAUCCCUAAUAAGAGUAAUCUCCCAGGAUAUUACAGUGGCCCAGAUGCCACAGCACACCUUACCUUAUUUAAAAUCUCAAACAAAUCACUUUGAGAGGGCUGCUGUAGACAGUUUGAGAUCCCCUUGUUGAUCUUGAGACCAAAAGUCCUGGUGAAUAUAUUUGAACAUGAUUGUAGGUGUACAACGAUCUCUCCUGAUUGUAGGUGUACAAUGAUCUCUCCUGAUUGUAGGUGUACCAUGAUCUCUCCUGAUUGUAGGUGUACAAUGAUCUCUCCUGAUUGUAGGUGUACAAUGAUCUCUCCUGAUUGUAGGUGUACAAUGAUCUCUCCUGAUUGUAGGUGUACAAUGAUCUCUCCUGAUUGUAGGUGUACAAUGAUCUCUCCUGAUUGUAGGUGUACAAUGAUCUUUCCUGAUUAUAGGUGUACAAUGAUCUCUCCUGAUUGUAGGUGUACCAUUAUCUCUCCAAUCUGCGUCACUCUACUCACGAGAAAUAUUUAAAAUUAAGAUUCUGAUGCCACCUUCCUCCUUCCUCUCAGCCAGACCCACCUGUGUUAACCAUGGAGGCAAAAAAUCCAUCCAUCCAUCCAUGUGGAGCUAAAUCCCAUGUAGGGCCUUGGCCUAGGUCACCACUUCCUUCCACUCAGACCUUACUGACGUUUUUCUUUUCCCUGCUUAGAUUCCCAGCUACUGUAGAUUCUUCUCCACAUCAUCCAUCUAUCUAAAGCCUUGGUCUGCCGUUGAGCCUUUUUCAUCUGGGUUUUUGGUGAUGUACCCUCUUCACUCCUCUGUCAUUUGGCAUUCUUUCUAAUUGUCCCGUCCAGCCUUGACUUCCGUUUAUUUAUUUCUGCUACUAGCGUGGGAUCCUGAUAUAGACUGAUGCAAAAAAUAUUUUGUACAAAUAUUUAUUUUAGUCCUUAAAUAAGUCAGACCUCCAAAUAACAUCAUUCGACAUGUUUCCUCAUCUGACAGCUCCUGGUGAGAGAGGGUUGCAACCUGAACAUCCCAGACAAGGAUGGAGACACACCUCUGCAUGAAGCUCUAAGACACCACACACUGUCACAGCUGAGACAGUUACAAGACAUGCAAGAUGUUGGCAAGGUUGGUGCAGCUGUGAUUACCAAUCACCUUCUCAUCUCAGUGUCAAGCUAGGAUAUUAAAAACGUCAUCAUAAAACCAACAUAUUGUAAUAGUCACCUCUUUACCUCAAAACUUCCCAUUGACAGCAAAAUCCUUUUCAACCUAUUAUAAAGCUAUGAUACAACUCACCAUCUUAUCCUAUUUCCAGUCUGUAACUCCCAAUUUUCACCCCAACAUUACUUAUGGUUCACAACAACCUCCCAAUGUCAUUGAUGUAAGCCCAAAUCUAUCAAGAUAAGCCAUCUUCUCCCUUUAACUGCAGCUGCUGAUGGGACUGGGCACACCUGGAGCUGACAAAAAGUCCAGCGCCUCCAUCGCCUGUUUCCUGGCGGCCAAUGGGGCUGACCUUAAUCUGAAGAACAAGAAAGGUCAGACUCCCCUGGAUCUGUGCCCUGACCCGAAUCUUUGUAAGGCCCUGGCCAAAUGUCACAAGGAGCGCAAUAGGUAGGUUGGUGGGUUGCCUUCUUGUAAAGUUUGUGUCCUUACAUAGUAAGGCCCUGGCUAAAUAUCACAACAAGGAGCAAAAUAGGUAGGUUGGUGGGUGGCCUUCUUGUAAAAUUUGUGUCCUUACAAAGUAAGGCCCUGGCUAAAUGUCACAAGGAGCGCAAUAGGUAGAUUGGUGGGUGGCCUUCUUGUAAAGUUUGUGUCCUUACAUAGUAAGGCCCUGGCUAAAUGUCACAAGGAGCGCAAUAGGUAGAUUGGUGGGUGGCCUUCUUGUAAAGUUUGUGUCCUUACAUAAUAAGGCCCUGGCCAAAUGUCACAAGGAGCAAAAUAGGUAGAUUGGUGGGUGGCCUUCUUGUAAAGUUUGUGUCCUUACAUAAUAAGGCCCUGGCCAAAUGUCACAAGGAGCAAAAUAGGUAGAUUGGUGGGUGGCCUUCUUGUAAAGUUUGUGUCCUUACAAAGUAAGGCCCUGGCCAAAUGUCACAAGGAGCGCAAUAGGUAGAUUGGUGGGUGGCCUUCAUGUAAAGUUCUAAAGAAGGGAUAUUUUACACUUUACUUUUCCUCUGGUUACAAUUUUCACUUAAUUACAGCUUAAAUAAAAUGCCCUUGUGCUAAAAGCAUUUAAAUCACAAAUGAUCCAAUUCAAACUAUCAAAUAAGGUAAUUUUUGUGUGUCUCGCUUCUUAGAAAAGGAACUUGGCUGUAUCUUCAUUUUGUUUGUAUACAUUCAGUAUGUUCAACUCAACAGUUCAAUGGCAACCACGGUUAAGUUGCUUUCAGCACUAGUGUCUUCAUUUGCUUUUAAAAGAACAAAUCAGCAUGCAGUUUUUUAAAAGAGCCAAUCAUCAUAAAGUUUAAAAUAGUGGUGCAUCUUCGAAAUUCUAAUUAAUGUCCAUGUCUAUCACAGCCCCGCCCUUACUGCCCCCAAUGCCGCCAUCAUUCGCAACGACCAGGAGAGCCUGGAGGAGUGCAUGGUAUGCUCCGACCAGAAACGGGACACCUUGUUUGGACCGUGCGGACACAUCUGCACCUGCUCCCUAUGUUCCCCAAGGGUCAAGAAGUGUCUCAUGUGCAAGGACCCUGUGCAGUCCAGAACAAAGGUUUGUAUUAAAAUACCGGCAUGUUUUUAUUUCAUUCCUGUCAUUAAGAAGACCAUUUAUUCUAUGGGGUUAAAUUGUUUGAAUUUGAAGCUAAUUUAGUAACUGCAGUCUAUGAUGGAACUCAAUUCUGAAUCACAUGCUUGUAUUAUUAUUAUUAUUAUUAUCAUGUGGUUUUAUAAAGUGCAGUACCCCAGCCUAGGGCUCGGCUCACUGCGCUUCAUAUAAAAAUUAGCAAUUACAGAAACAAAUACAUUUAAAAACAACAAUUGGUGAAAAGCAUGAGGUCACCCACCCAAGUACUAUCUACCCCUGUCUAGCCAUGGACAGCGCCCAGCAGAAUUGAGCUUGUAUAUCAGUCAGAUGGGGGUGAGAAUGAGUCAGUAUAGUACAAUUUGAAGAGAUGGGUCUUGAGGGCAGUUUUGAAGGCUGUGAUGGUCGUUAUAUUGUGGAUGUGUAAUGGGAGAGAAUUCCAUUGUUUCGGGACACAGAAAGAGAAAGAUCGUUCACCAUAUAUUUUAGUGCGUGUUCUGGGAACAGCAAGAAUACGCUUCUCUGCGGAGGAAUGAAUCUUUCAAAGGGGUGAAUAGACAGUAAGAAGUUCAGUAAGAUAGGAAGGACAGGAACCAGAGAAAAAGUUGUGACAGAGUACAGACAGCUUGUAAUCAAUGCGUGACUGUAUAGGGAGCCCAUGAAUUGAGUGAAGUAGUGGAGUAACGUGCGGUGAACAAGUUUCUUUGCCUUUAGAACUAAUUUAGCAGCUGAGUUUUGAACUUUCUGCAGUUUUUCUAUGAAAUGUUGUGGUGAACCUGACAGAAGAGAGUUAUAAUAGUCAGGACGAGAGAGCGCAAGAGCACAGACUAGUGUUUUUGUUGUGCUAACUGUGAGGUAGUGAUGUGAUGCUAGCGUUGUCUGCUUCAUAAACAAGAUUUAGUGAGUUCAGACCCAUCUGGGGUCAUCCCGAUCUAUGGGCAACUAGUGUGGUGGAAUAUUAUAUUAUUGUCAGCCCAGUAAGGCAACUAUUCUUUGUGGGAGGAAACGCUGAGUCAAAAUAUCCCCCACACCCUUGUGAAAUUAGGUUUGAUGCUGACCUGGGCCACUAUGACUUGCUGAAGUCAGAAGUACUAGGCCAUCAUAACGUAAGACCUCUCACUUUCCUAAAUGACUGCAGUGGUAUGACUGCAGUGUUACUAAAUAAGUUAGGACUGCCAGGAAAGAAACGUUUGAAAGGAGGUGAAAUUUGUAUUAUUUUAAAAUACACCGGUAUAUUUUGAACUUGUCCUGGAAACUUUUCAGCCCAGGGAAUGUGUCCGUAUUUUGAAAAAAAUUUGAUAAACCUUCAGUGAUGAUCAUCAUCGUCACCCUAAUCCAGCAUCUAGUUGGGAUUGUGCUGUUAGGCCUACAUGGCAAGUUUAUACUAUGGUGGACUCUUCAUGGUAACAUUUAACAACAUGAAACUACCAGCAGCAGAGGCAAAGAAAGCUGUGUGCCUCCAAUGAUCUUUGAGGGAAAUUGAUUUCACACCCAACCUGUUAAUUGUUUACUUAGCUGACCAGGCCUAUCUAGUGGUGAUAACCUAGUACAUCUGGUGAUGAUAAACUAGUACAUCUAGUGAUGAUAAGCUCUGGUGAUGAUAACCUAGUACAUCUGGUGAUGAUAAUCUAGUGCAUCUAGUGAUGAUAACCUAUCUUUAUAAUCUCUACCAUCCUGACUGCUUCCCACCUCUGACCGAAAAACCAAGGUACUGAGUUUCGUCCAUGGCUUGAGAUGUAAACAGUUUUAAAUAUACCGGGUACAUUUGUUUUGUUUUAUUUAAUUAAUGUAUGUCAAUUAAUUUUUAAAGUUUUUUUGAUUAUGUUUGAUAAAUUGUAUGUAUAGCGUGGUGAGCCCAGCCCUAGGCUGCGGUACCACGCAAUAUAAAACCACAUAAUAAUAAUAAUAAUAAUAAUACUAAUAGUACAUCCACUGAUGAUAACCUAGUACCUACACAGAUGAUAAAUGAUUGAAACCUAUCAUAGUAUGUUUGUUUUUUUUCCCCAGUAAAAUAUCGGGACUUAUCUGUAUUACAGUGUAAAGAUUCCACCAUUAUUGUACCCCCUUCUUAAAAAUGCUUCAAAUUUCAUUCAAACUUUGAGUUCUUGUUUAGCCACCCGGGAUCUUGAACAUAUUAGAUUUGUUUAUUCACAGCUAUUUUAAGUGUGCCCCUCCCCCCCCCCCCGCCAAGAUUGAGUUUAUUGUUGUAACAAUGGUGAUUUUUGUCUCCUCCUAACCACCAGAUUGAGGAAUGUGUUGUGUGCUCAGACAAGAAAGCUUCUGUUCUCUUCAAGCCAUGUGGCCACAUGUGUGCCUGUGAUGGUAAACCUCAUCUGUUCACAUCAGUUCUUGCCAUAUGUUAACAUAAGUCAUACUGCUAAGUCACAGGAUGUUUGAAGAAAAGUCAUACAAAUUGUAUCUUCUCAUUGGAGAGCUCCAGGAAAGAAAAGAGUUUUAAAUCACUUAAACCCAGAAACUUUUUUUGGAGCAACAUCUUUGGUUGUUUAUUAAUUCUUAGAAGACAUAUCUUUUUAUUGAAAAGCUACUCUUAGAAGACAUAUCUUUUUAUUGAAAAGCUACUCUUAGAAGACAUAUCUUUUUAUUGAAAAGCUACUCUUAGAAGACAUAUCUUUUUAUUGAAAAGCUACUCUUAGAAGACAUAUCUUUUUAUUGAAAAGCUACUCUUAGAAGACAUAUCUUUUUAUUGAAAAGCUACUCUUAGAAGACAUAUCUUUCUAUUGCAAAGUAACUCUUAGAAGACAUAUCUUUUAUUGCAAAGUAACUCUUAGAAGACAUAUCUUUUAUUGAAAAGCUACUCUUAGAAGACAUAUCUUUUAUUGCAAAGUAACUCUUAGAAGACAUAUCUUUUAUUGCAAAGUAACUCUUAGAAGACAUCUUUUAUUGCAAAGUAACUCUUAGAUGGCAUAUCUUUUUAUUGCAAAGUAACUCUUAGAAGACAUAUCUUUUAUUGCAAAGUAACUCUUUAAUGACAUAUCUUUUAUUGCAAAGUAACUCUUAGAAGACAUAUCUUUUGUUGCAAAGUAACUCUUAGAUGACAUAUCUUUUUAUUGCAAAGCUACUCUUAGAAGACAUAUCUUUUAUUGCAAAGUAACUCUUAGAAGACAUCUUUUAUUGUAAGGCUACUUUUAGAAGACACAUCUUUUCAUUGCUGAGCAAUUCUGAGAAGCAAAAAAAUAACUAUAAGAAGCUUAAAAUUUCUCAGACAUGGUUCUGAACAAUUGUAGCUGAAUGAGCUGUUUUAACAGUUCUUGGCACGAGUUGUUUUUUUUUUUUUCUGUUAAGGUAACUUGACAAUGCAAUUUAUUGUACGUUUCUUGUGUUCACCAGGCUGUGCUAAUCUCAUGAAGAAGUGCGUCCAGUGCCGUGCCUCCAUAGAGAAGACAAUUCUAUUCAUUGUCUGCUGCGGUGGCACACGUAAGUCUUUAAAGUUACAGAAAUUCUUGCAUAUUUAGUUAUAUUAAAUAUUUCUUGUAAUUCAACCAUAAAUAAUAUUCAUGAAGAUUUCACCUGUCAUAGUCAUGUGGAUUUCAACUGUCAGAUUCAUGUAGUUAACUGAUUCUCUUUGGAAAAGGAAGAGCUAAAUGAAUCGUUUCAAUAAAAAUGAUGUCAGAUUAAUUUUUAGCCCUAAUCAAAGAUCAUCAUGUAUUUAUUUUGUGUUUAGCAAUCAUUUCACAUUGCACGUCAAUCAGAGACCUAAUUUAACCGUAAUCUCAAUAUGAGUUGUUUUUGUUUUAUGUCUAAGAGUAUGUUGAGACAAACCAAUGAUAAAACCCCAGUUUUCAUAGCAACUGUGGACUUGCCAGUUAUUGCAUGACUAUUGAGGUCAGGACCUUUUGGUAUCUAAUGACAUGACAUGAUUCUAUUAUCUACCUACCAGAUACAGUGAGCUGAGUGCUCUUAGGUUGUUUUCUUCUUAUAUCACACAAAUAAACUCCUUCAAGUAUAGACUGCUUAUUUACAAUCUUUAAUUGUUCAAAUUCCAGCUCCGCCUGAGCCACAGAAACCCGGCAUCAUGAACAAUGGCUCCAGGGAUGUGAGUCGAGACAUACAGAAGCUGCAGCAACAGCUGCAGGACAUCAAGGACCAGGUCAGUGUCUCAAUGCUGCAUUGCUAGGUGUUAAUGCAUCUCCUUAUGGUUAAGUCAUAGACCUGCUUUGUAUCUACAGAGUGUUACCUUAUGGUUAAGUCAUAGACCUUCUGUGUAUCUACAGAGUGUUACCUUAUGGUUAAGUCAUAGACCUUCUGUGUAUCUACAGAGUGUUACCUUAUGGUUAAGUCUUAGACCUCCUGUGUAGCUGCAGAGUGUUACCUUAUGGUUAAGUCAUAGACCUGCUUUGUAUCUACAGAGUGUUACCUUAUGGUUAAGUCUUAGACCUGCUUUGUAUCUACAGAGUGUUACCUUAUGGUUAAGUCAUAGACCUUCUGUGUAUCUACAGAGUGUUACCUUAUGGUUAAGUCUUAGACCUCCUGUGUAGCUGCAGAGUUUUACCUUAUGGUUAAGUCAUAGACCUUCUGUGUAUCUACAGAGUGUUACCUUAUGGUUAAGUCAUAGACCUUCUUUGUAUCUACAGAGUGUUACCUUAUGGUUAAGUCUUAGACCUUCUGUGUAUCUACAGAGUGUUACCUUAUGGUUAAGUCAUAGACCUUCUUUGUAUCUACAGAGUGUUACCUUAUGGUUAAGUCUUAGACCUCCUGUGUAGCUGCAGAGUGUUACCUUAUGGUUAAGUCAUAGACCUGCUUUGUAUCUACAGAGUGUUAACUUAUGGUUAAGUCUUAGACCUCCUGUGUAGCUGCAGAGUGUUACCUUAUGGUUAAGUCUUAGACCUCCUGUGUAGCUGCAGAGCACCAUGAUGCACAAUGAUCCCCACAUGGUACUUUGGAACAGAAAAUCUGGCCAGCUUCAGUCUCCUGUAUUUUUUUUUUAAAGACUUUCUUUCUACUCCCAAAUCCGUCAGGUUUCUUGUCCCUAUAAUAAGUGUAAUUUUUGUUGUCCAAAAGUGACCCACUUGUCCCUUGUCAGCCUGCUCUUACUCUGUGCUGAACUUCAAAGUUAGUUGAAGCAGUUGUCCACCAUGUACACCCCCCCCCCCCAAAGUCCCAUCCCAAUUCUUCUUCCACAGCCAAUAAUGAUAAAAAAAAUUCUAAAAAUGCCUUUAAAAGAAAGUCUGCCCUGAAUAUAUUUUUAAUAAUUAAUAAAAAUUAACCGUAUUUAAUCAGAUCUUUUGGCUUCAAAGAGUGCCUUACUGCCCUGUGCACAGACUUUGUUUGCGUAAUGAAAACUCUGAGGUCCUGAUACAUUUCUGUUUAUUUCUUUGACAAAGCUAUGUAAUUUCAGCAUUUUCUAGGUCAGUUGUUCUUAAACCACUUCAAUCAAUGUACCCUUUGGCCUCACUGAAAAGUGUCUCAAAACUCUUUGUCUAUUAGAAAUGUGACAUUUUUCUUUAGAAAAUGAAAGCAAUCCGUCUCUAAUUGUUUUAUGUACCAUUGGGGGAUCCACUGACUGCUGAUUCAGAUCUGCUGUUAAUCUGUGUAGUAAUAAAGACAAAAAGCUUCUUAAAAUACUGAUUUUUUAAUAAUUAUUUUGAGUAUGUAUUUUUAAAAAAAUUAAUUAAACAUAAUUUAUUGUACUAUUUCUACCAGACAUGUUGCCCUGUGUGCAUGGACAGGCUGAAGAAUAUGAUCUUCCUCUGUGGCCACGGGGCCUGCCAGCUGUGUGGGGACCGGCUUAACGAAUGCCCCAUUUGCAGAAAGUCUGUGGAGAAAAGAAUUCUGCUGUAUUGAAGGAACAGUUCCGCUGUGGUCACGG